GGGAUGCGGGGCUCCCGGGACCGCGCCGGGCGGGGCGCGAGGCGGCGGCGGCGGGCGGCGGGCGGGCGCUGUCCGCGGUGCUGAAGCGGCGGCGGCGGCGGCGCCAGGGACCCGGGGCCGGAGGAAGAGGCGCCCUCCGGGGAGCUCACCGGCCCAUGUCGGGCCCCGCAGCCCCGCAGAGGAGGCGGGACCGUCCUCGGCGGGACAGGCGUCUUCACACUGUGAGCGCUCAGAAGACAAAGCACCUCCUCUUCCUCCUCCUGCCGCUGGCCCCUGCCUGCCCGGUGUGUGGACAGGCCACGUGAAUGACUGGCACUCUGAGGUACGUAUUGUCGCCACCGCCACCUGCAGCUGCAUCAAGGACACCAAGGACGCUCAGAGAGCACUGGGCAGCCCGAGGCCAUUCCAGGGGCAUCAGCCUCGGUUGAGUUUGAGCCCUUACCAGCCCACAGAGCCAGCACUUGUCACUGCUUCCAGCCCUGCUUCCAGCUGGUCUGCGUGUCUGUCCACGGAGGCUCUCUCUAGACCACCCAGCCAGCCCCUGUGCCCCUCCCCGGAGCGGCCCCCGGAACUAUGGAGAGUCUGAGUGAACUGGAGAACCCACUGCUGCCUCAGGGCACCUACCCCUACCCCGAGGCUUCGCCAGGCUGGCCGUGCCAGGAGAAGCUCUAUUCCUACCUCCUGGGGGGCGCGGGUCCUGCGCGCGCCCACCAGUUCCUGGACCCAGGGUCCCUGCAGCUAGCCGUGGAGGCCUGGUACAGACCCAGCUGCCUCCUGGGGAAGGACAAGGCCAAGGAGCCCAGGGCUGGCAGCUGCGAGACCAGUUUCACAGAGACCACAGAGCCCCAGUCUGGGCCCCUGGAGCGGGCGGCAGGAGCUGAUCAAGAGGAAGAAGAGGAGGUCGCCAUCCAGACAGUGUCCUACGGGGUUCAAGAGGAACUGCAGGGUCAGGAGGAUGAGCAGGGAGAGGAGGAGAGCGAUGUGACCUCCACCGAGAGCGAGAGUGAAGACAACUUCCUGACACUGCCCCCCAGGGACCACCUGGGCCUCACCAUCUUCUCCAUGCUCUGCUGCUUCUGGCCCCUGGGGAUCGCUGCCUUCUACUUCUCCCAGGGGACCAGCAAGGCCAUCUCCAAGGGGGACUUCCGGCUGGCCAGCACCACCUCCCGCCGGGCGCUCUUCCUGGCCACGCUCUCCAUCGCGGUGGGAGCCGGACUCUACGUGGCUGUGGUGGUGGCCCUGGCGGCUUACAUGUCGCAGAACGGUCAUGGCUAGUGGGCCCAGGAGCUGGCGUCCGAUUCCCCUGCUCCCCGGGGCUUGGGCUUGUGGAUGCUCCAGGAGCCCCUGAAGACCACCCCUGAGGGUGCCUUGUUGGGGGGGCCUGCGGGCUUCCCAUCACCUCAUCUUAUCCAUGUCCCCCAGUCCCGGGGCCAGGCUAGGGGCCACCCCUCACCCACCGGACUAUGCUGGGAUGCAGGAGGGGAGGACCACCGAGCAGGGCACCCCCGCAUGCCCCCUCUGGCUGGAGGUCAGCUGGGAGCUCAGCCAUUCGCUAGAGGGUCUCCUGACUGCCAGGGGCCUACCACCCAACUCUGCCUGCCUCAACACAGCAAAGGAGCAGCUCAGAGAUGGGGGAAGGGCACCUGACCCAGGGCUUCUAGUUCAGAGGUGUCUCUCCCCUGGGCACAGUUGAGUUUGCCCAGCUCCUCUCUCUGGCCCCCUGAUGCCCAGACCCCAGCUACGGAGAAGGGCUCCCUGGUUCCUUCUGGAAGAGGAUGGCCUCUCCUGUGGGCAGAGAAGCUUCUAGAGACAAGAGGCAUCUCGGCUGGAGACUGCAGGAGCGCGAGGCAGGUGCAAGGACAGAGGCUGUGGGACUGCUAGACCCCGUGACUCCCGUUUCUGCCCUGUCCCCUGCCCACGGCAACCUUUGCUGGGCUCCACCUCACGACCCUGAGCUGUCACCUCCCAGGUAGAUGGUGCCUCCAGCCCAGCCACGGAGCGGGGGCCUGACACCUGGCACUGUGGAGCUGUAGCGAGGAGAGAGCCCAGGGGGCAGCGAGUUCCAGAUGAGGACAGGGACACUGAGCUUGACCGGGACACUGCACAAGCAACUGUGCUGAGGACGCUUCCUGGAGGAGGCAUCCCUGUGCGAGAGCACUGACCUAAGGGGUAGGUUUCCUUUGUGUCCUGGGCAGGACGACAGCCGUCCUCUGGGCCUGGUGGCAGGCCAGGUGUCCUGCUGGAGCCGACCUGCAGUCCUCGCUGGGUGCGCCAGAGACUCCGGCAGAAGGGGGGACGCCUUCGAAGACCAGCGAUGCCCUCCCGCCUCUGAGAGCUGGGCGGGUUCUGGGGCUCCAGAACUUCAUCACUGACUCCCCCACUCAGAGCCGCUGUCAAGCCCCCAGCCUCAGGAAACACCCGGAGUUUCAGAGGCGUCGCUGUGGGCGACAGGGCAGGCCUGUGGGUUCCAGCUGGGGAACCCUGUUCUCUGCUACUUAGUCCCUGUCCUUCCCCCGCCUUGGUCCUGGUGGUGGACCCAAGAAUGACCCACCCAGCGCCCCAGACCCCCUUCACCCCCACCUCUCCUGAAGCUCCCCAGGCCCGGGGCAGCAUUUUAACAUCCUAAUAGUGUAUAUAUUCCCUUUAAUAAACCUUUCUGUAACA